AUGUCCAACCUGUCGUGCAGUUUGUUUUCUCCUGCCCCCAGCACAGGAGACCGUGGUUCAAACCGUUAUCUGACCAACACUGUCUUUGGUCUCAUGGCUACAACGAUCCAAGAUGUGCUUGGGCCGCUUACAGGAACCGAAGAUAUCCGCAGGCAGUUUGGUAUCGAUCUCGAAGACCCCAAUGAUCCCCUGCGGUUUCUUCAAGCCAUGAAAAACGUCGUCCAUGCAGGUGUACUACAGGGUCGAUUUCCGCUAAAUUUUCAGGAAGGCUGGAUGCCCGAACUCAGGCUCAGACUCGGAGACUGGCAGACUAUCAAGUUCCUGAUAGCGUCACUUUUCAUCUCUGCGCAUUGGCGACUGAUGACCCCAUGGCAGUGGGCCGGCGUACUGGCCGAACGAAAUCGGAUUGGGCGUGCUGCAUCUGACUCGGCGGACUUUGGACCAUCCAGGGACUCUUGGAUAGAGUACAUUAACGACCGUUACAAUGCCGAGUAUGAAAUCUCGAUUGACGCCUACUUCCCAGGCGCCGGUAUCACACGCUGGAGGGAGACUGAUACGACUGGCCGAAUAGUCAACGAAGAUGAGCUGGACUUGACCAUGAUCGACGGCACUUUGGCGACCAACAUCAACGUUCCGGGUACAGACUUCAGUCCGGGGCCUCUACUGCUAUAUUUCGUCUCCAACCCCUCUACCAACAUCGACGCCUCUCUCGCUAUCGUCAACACCCUGAUCCAAGGCAUCGAGACCAGCUUCCCAAACACCACACGACAGCAAACACCAUGGUCGCUAUCAUACCGCGCAUUUCGCGACACCAUACCUCCGGGUUACCAGCCACCUGCGGGCGCAGACGGUAAACCAGAGCCAUACGUACAUUCAUACCAGCACCUCCUCCACCUUUCGAGCCUCUCGCCGAACCGCACAUAUGUCUUUGCACAACCGCGAGCGCAACAGGAAACUAUGACGUCGAUACCGCUGCGACAACAAGACGCACAUGCCUCAGUACUGCGAUACCAAUGUUCCGCUCUGUGGACGCCGAGACACAUACUCGCGGUGCGAGAGGGGGCAUCAUAUAGCGGGGGGCUCUGUUCGAUACAAAUCGGCGAGCUACGAGCGACUCGUGAAGGACCACAGUCGGGCGCUAUCUCAUCACCCGGUGUCGUGGUCUGCAUUAGCACAACGUUGGGCGCUGAGGACACGGAUGGCAACAUGGACUCAGGCUAUGGCACAAUGGAGAAUGGUACAGCGAUGGAAUUGGACGCAGAGGAAGUUGACAUUGAGUAUGCGCAGGCUGUGGUGCGCGACUGCUGGAGUAGGAUCAAAGAUGGGCGCGAUCUGGGACGGUCAGAGAUCAGGGAAGUGAUGAUGGCUUCGACUGCAACGAAUAAAAAGGGCCAGGAGCAGGAGGCGAUGGUGCGCAUGUGGUGCGAUGCUCUGCGCAUGCGCGGAUGA